AAAGCAAAAUAGUAGUGAUUGCGCCUUCUCUAAGAAGCCAACACAAAAAGAUUAUUGAUUCAGAUACAUAGAGUGAGUGAGUUGAUUUGCUUAAUUGCAUUCUUUAAAUAAAGUGUUUGACUAUUAGUUGCAUAGUGUGAAUUGUGAUUGCUCUCACUUAUAAAACCCUCUUUUCUGCUUCUUCGUCCAUUGGCAUUGGCUUUCAAUGGCGAAGUGCAUGACCAGUUCUUCUUCUUCUUCCUAUGCACUGCUUCUCUUUUUCUUCUGCUUUCUACAACUGGAGGCUAUUUUGGACCCUGCUGAUUUCCUCGCUCUGCAAAACAUUCGUAAAGCUCUGCAAGACAUGCCUGCUUCCGAUUUCUUCUCUUCCUGGGAUUUCACCGCAGACCCAUGCAACUUCGCCGGCGUUUACUGCGACUCCGACAAGGUCAUCGCGCUCAACCUCGGCGACCCCAGGGCUGGCUCUCCCGGCCUCACCGGCCGCCUCCACCCCUCCGUCGGCAAGCUCUCCGCGCUCGCCGAGUUCACCGUCGUCCCUGGCCGUAUUUACGGUCCCCUCCCCGAAACACUCUCCGAUUUGAAGAACCUCAGGUUUCUCGGCGUCAACCGCAACUUCAUCUCCGGCGAAAUUCCGACCAAGCUGGGAGAACUCCGCAACCUCCGAACCGUCGAUCUCAGCUACAACCAGCUCACUGGACGCAUUCCUCCAACGGUAGGAACCCUACCGGAGCUAACAAACCUAAUCCUCUGCCACAACCGCCUCUCCGGUUCGGUUCCCCGGUUCGAGUCGCACACACUAACCCGGCUCGAUCUGAAGCACAACUCUCUCUCCGGUUCGCUCCCUCCCAACUCUCUCCCUCCCUCUCUCCAGUACCUCUCUCUUUCCUGGAACCAGCUCACGGGCCCAAUGGACCGCCUCCUAGCCCGCCUCGACCAGGUCAAGUAUUUGGACCUAAGCCUAAACAAGUUCACGGGCCCAAUCCCGGGCCAUAUCUUUUCCUUUCCGCUGACAAAUCUGCAGCUAGAAAGGAACCAGUUCUCGGGCCCGGUCCAGCCCGUGGAUCAGGUUUCCAUCCCGACCGUUGAUCUCAGUUACAACCGGUUGUAUGGUCAGAUAUCACCGAUGCUGGCGACAGUGCAGAAUCUUUACCUGAACAACAACCGGUUCACGGGUCGGGUUCCGGCUAGCUUCGUGGAGCGGUUGCUGGACGCGAGCAUUCAGAUACUUUACUUGCAGCAUAACUAUCUGACGGGGAUUGAGAUAAGCCCAACGGCGGUGAUUCCAGAAAGAAGCUCGCUGUGUCUGCAGUAUAACUGCAUGGUCCCUCCCGUAGAGACGCCCUGCCCCUUGAGGGCUGGCAAGGAGAAAACCAGGCCUACUACGCAGUGCAACCAGCUGAAGGAUUUGAAGGACUGAUCCUGAUCCCGAUCAAAAUCAUAUAUAUACCUUUCCUUCUCUUUCUUGCCCUUUUUGAUUCAUUAUUAUUUAAUUUUGUGAUAACUAUGGGGGAAUGAAUAAGAUGAUGAUUGUGAAUAUUUUUGGAUUAGAUUUAGAAACCCUGGCUACUAUUUUGAUCCAAGAGCUUCUCUCAAGUCUGAUGCUCGCUCUACAUAUUAUUAUUAUUAUUAUGAUUAUGAUCAUGAUCAUGGUUAUUAUCUAUAUUACUAAUGUAAUAUGAUUAGUCCAUUAGGAAAUCAAAGCAAAAGGUUAUUGGUCAUUAUAAUGAUGCUAUCUCUAUCAGUUCAAACUAUUAUGUCAUGUCUUGUAAAUAAAUCUUUUCACUCUUUUUCUUAUUUUUAUUGUCAUGUCUUGUUAACACACCAGUCUUUUAUUAUUGACUCAAAUACAUGGAAAAUUAUAAAAUUUGAUGAGUUUCAUUCCUCAUUUAUUGAAUCAAUAGUAGGGAGCAUUUUAUUGAAGUAGCACUUCUCAUCUUGGCAUUUGGAAUCUUUUUUGUUUUGUUUUUCUUUGGUUCAUCUAAAAUGCUUCUAGCUAGGGUCAUGGUAGAAGCUCCAAAUGAUUAUAUAGUGGUGUGGCACCCCGCGCGUUCAUAACUUUGGUACAUAUUAUUGGAAGGGAA